AUGGGUGACGCGUACGUGCCCGUCGGCCGUUCCACCCUUGCUACAGCAAGAAUGGGGAGGGACACGACUGACUGGGAGUCGCCCUUCACUGCUCCAGACCCGGGGCAGGAAAGCUCUUCUCCCGUGUUUGCGGAGACCCUGGCUAUUUGGUGGGAACUUUUUCUCCACCUUCAGACCAAAAAAAGGAGAAACAACGGCCGUGCUAAAAAGGGCCGCGGCCACGUGCAGCCAAUUCGCUGCACCAACUGCGCCCGGUGCGUGCCCAAGGAUAAGGCCAUUAAGAAGUUCGUCAUCCGGAACAUUGUAGAGGCCGCUGCUGUCAGGGACAUCUCCGAAGCCAGCGUCUUUGACGCUUAUGUGCUGCCUAAGCUCUACGUCAAGCUGCAUUACUGCGUGAGCUGUGCCAUUCACAGCAAGGUGGUCAGGAACCGAUCCCGGGAGGCCCGGAAGGACCGAACACCCCCACCUCGCUUUAGACCCGCUGGUGCUGCACCACGACCUCCACCAAAGCCCAUGUAAAGACAGGACAGAAGAAAAAAUACUUUGGACAAAUAAAAUGGGAGUUACACUUUACAUGGCA